UCAAAGCCCUAGUUCUUCCCCUUUGUUUCUUCAAUUAGUUCUGGUUCCUCCUUCCUCCAGCAUAAUCGAGCUAUUCGAGUAAUGUUACUUUCUCUCAAGUGUCAGGUAAUUUCAUAUCAGUCUUGAUAUGUGGUGCAUUAUAAAUUAAAAAAUUGUUCUUUUGUUGUUUUAUCCAAGGUUGCAAUAUGCUAAAGUUGCAAACUUUAUGACAUGAGGGUUAUCAAGAAGUACGAAACAAGAUCAAACAGAUCAAAUUUGAGAUGGGUUUUCAUGGAAAAGUUGAUUAGUGUUAGUUUAGUUUGGGAAGACUAAUGAGUUCUUCUAUACUUCCUAAACAUGUAGUGGCUGUUGUAAGGCAUCAAAAAGACCCCUUGAGGGCACUGGAGAUGUUCAAUUCUGUGAGAAAAGAAGAUGGUUUUAAGCAUAAUUUGGUAACUUAUAAAUGCAUCAUUGAAAAGCUUGGUAAUCAUGGAAAAUUUGAGGCCAUGGAAGGUGUGAUGGCAGAUAUGAGAGCGAAUGUCGAUAACCAUCUAAUGGAAGGGGCUUAUGUUAGUGCCAUUAGAAAUUAUGGUAAAAAGGGGUUGAUCCAAGAGGCUGUUAAUGUGUUUGAGAGGAUGGAUUUUUACAACUGUGAGCCCUCGGUUCUGUCGUAUAAUGCCAUUAUGAAUAUCUUGGUUGAGUAUGGGUAUUUUAAUCAGGCCCAUAAAGUGUAUAUGCGAAUGAGAGAUACAGGGGUUGAACCUGAUGUUUAUACGUUUACGAUUAGGAUGAAGUCGUUUUGUAGGACAAAUAGGCCUGAAGUGGCUUUAAGGCUUCUAAGAAAUAUGCCUGGACAAGGUUGUUAUGUUAAUGCUGUUUCUUACUGUACUGUAAUUGGUGGAUUUUACGAAUCAAGUUAUCAGUUUGAGGCGUAUGAAUUGUUUGAUGAGAUGCUUCAGCUUGGAAUUAUUCCCAAUGUUGAAACAUUUAAUAAGCUCAUGCACAUACUUUGUAAGAAGGGGGAUAUUCGACAUAGUGAAAGGCUUCUCAAUAAGGUGCUCAAGAGGGGUGUAUCCCCCAAUCUUUUUACGGUUAAUAUUGUUAUUCAAGGCCUUUGUAAAAGGGGCUUGCUUGAUGAGGCUGAGAGAAAGUUAGAUAGUGUGACAAGAGAAGGUUUAGCUCCUGAUGUUGUUACAUUCAACACCCUUAUCUCUGGCUUGUGUAAGAACUCAAAGGUUUUAAAAGCUGAGUCCUAUUUGCAUAAAAUGGUGAAUACUGGGUUUGAGCCUGAUAUUUUCACCUACAAUACUCUCAUUGAUGGAUUUUGCAAAAUGGGCAUGGUACCAAAAGCUGACAAAAUUCUCAAAGAUGCAGUUCAUAGAGGAUUCAUGCCUGAUGAGUUUACUUAUUGCUCUCUCAUUUAUGGACUAUGUGGUGAUGGUGACACCGACAGGGCCAUUGCUGUAUUUGAUGAAGCCAGGCGAAAAGUUAUAAAGCCCAGUAUAAUUCUGUACAAUACAUUAAUCAAGGGGUUGUCUCAACAGGGGAUGAUUCUGGAAGCAUUGCAUCUUAUGAAUGAAAUGCCAGAGAAAGGCUGCAAGCCUGAUAUAUGGACUUAUAAUUUGAUUAUAAAUGGGUUGUGCAAAAUGGGAUGUGUAUCGGACGCCAUGAAUAUCAUGAAUGAUGCAAUCUCCAAAGGGUUUCUUCCUGACAUUUUUACCUUCAACACUAUUAUAGAUGGUUACUGCAAACAGUUAAAGAUGGCUGAUGCACUUGAGAUUGUAAAUACCAUGUGGGAGCAUUGCGUUACUCCUGAUGUAAUCACUUACAACACGCUGUUGGAUUGCCUCUGUAAAACUUCAAGUCCCGACAAUGUGAUGGAAUUAUUCAAGUCAAUGAAGGAGAAGGGUUGUGUUGCUAACAUUAUCACAUUCAACAUUGUUAUUGAAAGCUUGUGCAAGUCUAGAAAUCUCACUGGAGCUUUGGAAAUGCUUCAAGAAAUGGAAAACGCUGGUGUGUGUCCUGAUGUUGUGAGUUUUGGGACAUUACUUAAUGGAUUCUGUGAAGAUGGGGACUUGGAUGGAGCCUAUGAGCUGUUCAGGAGAAUGAUAGAGCAAUAUAGUAUAUCCCAUACAACUGCAACAUACAAUAUUGUUAUAAAUGCAUUCUGCAAGAAUUUAAAUAUGGGCAUGGCUGAAAAGCUAUUCCGAGAGAUGAGUGACAGAGACUGCCACCCAGAUAACUUCACUUAUCAGUGUAUGAUAGAUGGUUUUUGCAAAAUUGAUGACACUGAUUCUGGAUUUUCUCUUCUCCAUGAGGAGGUCAAGAGUGGAUUCAUUCCAGCAGUUAAAACCUUUGGACGAGUUUUAAAUUGUCUGUGCUUGAAGCAUAGACUUCGGGAAGCAGUUGAUGUUAUCUUCCUUAUGGUACAAAAAGGUGUCGUUCCUGAUAUUGUGAACACAAUUUUUGAGGCCGAUAAAAAGUUUGUAGCAGCUCCUAAGAUUGUUGUAGAAGACUUAUUGAAGAAGGGCCAUAUUACUUACUAUGCAUAUGAACUCUUGUAUGAUGCAAUUAGAGAUAAGAAGCUUUUGAAGAGAAAGCUACCGAGUAAAAGUUCACAUGGUUCCAGAGACAACUUUUCUAAAUCAUUUGAUGGGCUUUUUGAUCAGAAGGAAGCAGUGCAGAUAUGAGGCACCCAAUUCAGAGACUGUAGCUAUCUCCAACAGUGAUAUGGGAUGCUUAGUUCUACUGCCAUCCGGUCGAAGUGACAAUCAGACAAUGGUAGCCUAAUUUUAUGAAUAUUGUUUUUACUUCCAUCCUUUUUCUGCUGCAUGAUGGGCUCUGGUUCAUGUUUCAGGGUGAUUCAAGCACAUGGUGCAAAGUCAUCCAACUGAGAGAUUAUCUGCUCCUUUAGAAUGGAUAAUAGAUGUUGAAGGACAAAAGUGGAAAUGAAGCAAAUUAAACGCCUUGUGUGCAACUGCUGAAAAGAAAAGCACAAGUCCCUGAAGACGACAAUGUUUAUGGGACAGAGGUAGUAUGGUUUUUUACUUGGAAGUGAUCAAUGUUGCAGAUGAGAGCACACAGACAUAAUUGCAUGGAUACCUGCAUGGCCAUUAGCAAAGCAUAUCAGAUGAUUGCUAUUGAUGGUUUAUGAGAUCUUAUUGAAAUGUUCGACACAAUUUCUGGGGAUUCCUUGUGCAUACCAUUAUGCACUCGUCUCUUUGCAGGAACUUGGAGGCAGAUGAGUGCUUUUCGGUACUGGAUCAAGUGAGCUGGCAUGUAGAUUUUGAUUGAUACUUUAGCAUGUAGUUGUCAAUGCUUGUAACUUUGUAUACUACUCGUACGGUAUAAGAAGAGAAGCAGAAACUUGAGUGGGUUGAGGAAUGAAUCAUAUCGAUCUAGCUUUUGGUGCAUCAAGGAAACAGAGGUAGUAUUCACAAUUGGAGCUGAAUGCUGGUUGAGGUUGUAAUUGAUGCCUGAAGCCAUGCUUUCACUAAUUACCUAAAUACACACCAAGUAUGGAGAUUUGAUCGAGCGGAAUCAUGCUUCAAAUAGUUUAUCCAUGGAUGCAGCUUAUCAAAUUGGGCAAGCCUGGAAAACUGUGGUCCCAGAUGGUAGCUUAUGCGUAGCUGUACCACUUGUGAUUGGUAACAGCUGAAAUCCAGAAGAACAAAUCAUCCACAUGUACUCAGUCAUCAGUAGUUACUGAAAAAAGAAAUGUACAACAACAUUGUCCUAUGGUGUUUGGAACCAGAUAGGCUGCACAGGUACUUAAACAUAUUCUGGAGCUUUAAAUUGUUUUGCUUUCCUAAAAAUGUAAUAACUCGAACAAUGGUAGACUAGACACAGCUUUGAUGACCUUAAAAGAACAGAAGCCAUCUUGCUUUAUUGGCUUGAAUAUGCAGUUGACUGGAUGAAGUUGUUGAGAAAAUAUUCUUAUUGCAUGACUCAUUUGUAGAGAACAACCAUCUUUGUCCUUGUUCUGGCAUCAAACUAAACACAAUUCUUUUUGCA